AUGGCACCCAGAGUUAUCGUCGUCGGUGGUGGUCUGUCUGGCUUGAGUGCCGCGCACACCAUCUACCUCGCUGGUGGAAAUGUUGUCGUCCUUGACAAGCAGGGCUUCUUCGGAGGCAACUCCACAAAGGCCACCUCAGGUAUCAACGGUGCCUUGACCCGGACACAGGUCGACCACCAGAUCGCCGACAGUGUCAAGCAGUUCUACGAUGAUACCUUGAAGUCUGCUCGUGACAAGGCCCGCCCCGACCUGAUUAAGGUCCUUACCUACAAGUCUGCCGCCGCCGUCGAGUGGCUUCAGGACGUUUUCAACCUUGAUCUCACUCUCGUUUCCCGUCUAGGUGGUCACUCUCAGCCCCGUACGCACCGUGGUCACGAUGCCAAGUUCCCCGGUAUGGCCAUUACCUACGCUCUUAUGCAAAGACUCGAGGAACUCGCCGAGACUGAGCCCCACCGAGUCGAGAUCAUCAAGAAGGCCCGCGUCACUGGCCUGAACAAGGAGGGCAACACCAUCACUGGUGUUAAGUACGAGUUCAACGGAGAGGAGCAGUCGGUCGAUGGCCCCGUCGUCCUUGCCACCGGUGGUUACGCCGCUGACUUCGGUGACACCUCGUUGCUGAAGCAGCACCGUCCUGAUACCUUUGGACUCGCCACCACUAACGGUUCCCAUGCCACUGGUGACGGUCAGAAGAUGGUGAUGGCCAUCGGCGGUAACGGUAUUGACAUGGACAAGGUCCAGGUCCACCCCACUGGUCUGGUCGACCCCAAGGACCCCGGCUCCAAGUGGAAGUUCUUGGCUGCUGAGGCCCUCCGUGGUGAGGGUGGUAUCCUCCUCAACGCCGACGGUGACCGUUUCUGCGAUGAGCUUGGCCACCGUGACUACGUUUCUGGCAUGAUGUGGAAGGAGAAGGACAAGAACAAGUUCCCCAUCAGACUCGUUCUCAACUCCAAGGCUUCCAAUGUCCUUGACUUCCACACUCGCCACUACUCUGGUCGUGGCCUGAUGAAGAAGAUGAGUGGUGCGGAUCUGGCCAAGGAGAUUGGCUGCUCCCCCGACCACCUUCAGAAGUCUUUCCAAACCUACAACGCCAUCGCCGAUGGCAAGCAGAAGGAUCCUUGGGGCAAGAAGUUCUUCCACAACCUGCCAUUUGACAUCAGCGACACCUUCCACGUUGCCCUCAUGGAGCCCGUGCUUCACUUCACCAUGGGUGGUAUUGAGAUCAACGACAAGGCCCAGGUCCUUAACAAGGAGCAGAAGCCCUUUGACGGUCUCUUCGCUUGCGGUGAGCUUGCUGGUGGUGUUCACGGAGCUAACCGUUUGGGUGGUUCUUCUCUGCUUGGCUGCGUCGUCUACGGCCGUGUUGCUGGUGACACCGCCAGCAACUACCUCUUCCAGCAGGCUCUUACCGGUGCUGGUGGUGCUGCUGCCCGUAUGGGCCAGAUCUCACUGCACCUCGACCCUGCGCAGCCGGGCCGAGUCACGAUUGACUGGAACAACGCCGGCGGCGCUGGUGGUCAGGGCAUCCCCGCCCAGCAAACUAGCUCUUCUACCGGCCCCACCCCCACCGAAGGCGGACAGAAGGCCGACAAGCCCAACCCCAAGAAGUUCACAAUCCCCGAGAAGGAGUACACCCUGGAGGAGGUUGCCAAGCACAACACCAAGGAGGACCUGUGGGUUGUCGUAAAGGGUGUCGUGAUGGACCUGUCCAACUGGCUUGAGGAGCACCCCGGUGGCCCUCAGGCUAUCAUGAACUUCAUGGGCCGCGAUGCGACCGAGGAGUUCGAGAUGCUGCACGACGACGAGGUCAUUCCCAAGUACGCACCGGAGCAGGUGAUUGGCCGCGUCAAGGGCCAGACGCCAAGUUUGGAGCUUUAA